AGUCGUAGCUUUAAACUCUAAUAAUGAAGUCAGUUUUAGUUUUAAUUGCGUUUUUAAAUUGUUGUUUACAAAUUAAGUGCCAAUUUACAAUUCCUGAAGAAUAUCAUGAUGUAAAAGAUGCAAUUGAGUCAGAUUAUUAUAAAGAAACGCUGGAACAUUUCUUUAAAGAUCAGGAAAUUCCUCAAAUUCCAAGAGGUGGAAGAAUUGCAGGUGGUGAAAAAGCAAUUAUUGGACAAUUUCCUUAUCAUGCCUUAUUAUAUAUGAGUGACGAUGCAGGCAGAUAUGUUUGCGGUGGAGUUCUAGUUAAGCACAAUUGGGUUCUUACAGCUGCACACUGCAUUGAAGGGUUCUCAAAGAUUGAAGUGUUUUUGGGUGUUGUAAAUAGAAUUGAUGGACCAGCAGCAUGGCGUAGUGAACCAAUCACAGAUUCCAAAAAUUUGAUUGUUCAUCCAAAUUUUGAAGUUAAAUUCCUGAAGAAUGAUAUUGGAUUAAUAUUCCUGCAAGAUGCACAAGAAGAUUUACUUCUACACGAGCAUAUAGAUGUAAUAGAAAUUCCAUCAUUCGAUGAAGGAGCUCAAGAUCUUAUUGGAAAGGAAUCAAUUUUAAGUGGAUUCGGUUUGACAGAAAAUGGAGUGGCAUCAAAAGUUUUAAAGUAUGCAAAGUUGCAGAUUAUUUCAAAUGAAGAAUGUUAUGCUACUUUUCCAGCAUAUAUUGUGUCGUCAAACUUAUGUACAGCUACUAAUCUUCGAGCUUCGCCUUGUCAGGGUGAUUCUGGAGGUCCUCUAACUCUUGAAAUCACUCCUGGUCGCAAGAUAGUUGUUGGACUGACAAGUUUUGGAUCCAAAUAUGGAUGCACGCAGAGUUAUCCAGUAGGAUUUCAAAGAGUUGCGAAUCAUCUGUUAUGGCUUGAUGAUUACUUAUCAACAUAUCCUGACGAAGCAACGUUUAUUGCAGAAAUAACCACACCUGACUCAUCCUCAAUCAUAUUUGGAAAUACUUUAAUGAAUUUUUUGUUUGCAUUUAUAGCAUUAAAGUUUGUUCAGUAAUUUUUGUCAUCUGAUAUCAAUCCUCGAAGUCGAUAGGGUUCGAGUAAACUCGAGUCGACUUCGAGCUCUUUCUGAAGUUAUCUCAUUUAUAGUAAAUAAAUUAAGGAACGAUAUAAAAUUAAAUUUAUAACUUGAUUUUUGAUACAAAACAUGCUUCAACAUCUUAAUAGACAUGUCAGGAACUUCCAUUGAGUAAACACUCAAGAAGCUCUCUUUAGCAAAGGCUUAAGAUUAUUUUCAUCACACAAAAUAUAAUGAAGCCUGAGACAUAUCAGAAGUAUGACAGACGAUGCAGUCAUUUAUUAUAUGAGCUUUUCAAUUUUGUCUUCGGCAUGUUUCUUUUAUUAAAUUUUCUUUUUAAGUCACACAACGCAGAUGUCGUGUCUUCAUAAUAAUAUUUUGUUCAUCACAUGCUACAAUGUCAAAUAGGAAGGAACAAAAUCUUUUUUAAAAAUUAUGCAAAUUUCAUUUUUUUUCUUCUUCAUUUACAGCAUUAUAAAUUUUUUUCCAUAUGCAUACUGAAAUUAUCCUAUUUGUGUGUGUGUGUGUGGAUGUGAAAAAGGGAUUUAUGACGUGCAUACUCAAAUGGAUGUGUGAAGGAGGUGGUGGGAGAAAAAAGAGAAAAACAAUUUCAUAUAUUUCAUUAUUAUUAUGUGAGCAUAUUUCCAUUUGAAAUGCAAAUAUUUGCCUUACAAACUUCCAUGUAUGAACUUCAACUCUCAUGUAUCAAAAUUAAUUAUUCAACAUUGUCAUAAUUAAAGAGAACGAGCAUAUCCCAUUCCUCAUUUUUAUUUUUGGCUGUGAAUGAAAAUUAAAUGGGAAGAAAAUUUCG